GCCAACGUUGGAGAACGCCGAGGGUCGUUUUUUUUUAUUUUCCAGCUUGGUUACCUUUCGCUGCUGAUUGACCCGCACUGGUUUGCGGCCAUGAAACGAAAAGAUCCAGCAGAGUCAUCUAAAGAAGCCCUGUCGGCGUGGGAUCGGCGGCGGUUAUACUCAAACCAGCUGCGAGAAAAGGCGCUACGGCGCACGCCCGGAGUUGGACCAUCCUAUACAAAGGAAAGCGAAACCCCUACAAGAGUGAGUCCAAACAAGAACAAAAGCAGGCCUCGAGAAAGCAAGCAUCCCAUGUCACAAAGAAAGCCAUUGAAGUCAGUGCACUCUCUUACUGCAAGAAAUGGCAAUCAGUUCACAGUAGCACUGACAAAGACAUCAAACACAUCUGUAAAGAAACCAAAGGCUUCUCUGCAGUCGGGGAAGGCAGAAAUGACCGUAAAGCCAGGAUCUAAAAGAGCUGGAACAGGGGCAAUGCCAUUGCCAUCAGCAUCUAAGAAAGUCAACCUGUGUGCUCUUGCUUCUGAGCCCACAACAGCCGCUGUCCCCAAGAUGCCUCAACUCGACAAGAGCACCAGGAUGCCUGCAAAAUCACAGCGGCAACCUCAGAAAGCAAAGCAGCCUCUCAGGGUUCCCCUUGCACAAGCAACAGUCCAGCUUUCCCAGAGACCACUGGGCAGAAAGUCAACUGCCCCAGCUCAAACAAAGGUGCACAGUGCAAAAAGAUCACUGGGCCGGAGGUCCCAGGUGGUGAAAGCUCAGACGUCUAGACGAUCAUUCGGAAGAAGUUCAACAAGCAAGCUUUCUGCCAAAACACGCGCACACACUCAGUCACUGUUGGCAAGUGGCACAAGCUGUUCUGUGGGGGAGCAGCCUCGAAAGAGGGCCUCGGAAGGCAGUGGCAAGACUCCAAACAAAACACCUUUAAAGAUGACAAAAGCUGGUUUGUCGCCAUGCCUGAAUGCAAAUAGUGCAUGUGUGGAGCAACGGUCAUCACCGCGUUCGUGCCAGGCCAAAGUUGAAAGAAGAACUAGUCUUCUUGCAUCCUGUUCAACACCGUGUUCAGUGAUGGUUGGGAAGUCUGCUCCAAACUCAUGUGAUACAGUACCAGAUGACACCAAGAGAACUUUAUCACCUGAUAGAUCUAGUGGAAGCACACCUUACCACACUGCACACAGCAUCUGUCUUUCAAGUUCCUCAGGGGGCAGCGUUUCUCCAAUUGGCAAAGUUGGCAGGAAGUUUGCUGGUGGUACGCCUUUUCAUAUUAAGCAACAUUCUUCAUUUGUGUCAGUGACGGAGAGUCCAACAGAAAAAGCAUGUACUGACAGAAUGUCACUUGAAGAUGUGAGUGCUCAGGAUGAGCUGAAUGACACAUUCACACUGGAAAGCCCUGCGCUGUCACCAAAGAGACAAAGUAGCUGCUCCAAGAAGCCACCUUCGUCCUGCCUGCGCAAGGGGACCACCACAUCUCAUGUGAAAAAGUCUGUGUCUUUUACUAUGCCAGGACGACGGAGUGUAACACCCAAAAGGCUACCAAAAACUCCCAUUCGCAGCCGCACAUUGCAGGAAACUCUGAAAGAAUGGCUUAAUGCCCGAGGCUACAGUCUGUCAGCUCUGCGGCAGACCCAUGGUGAUAAUGUGCUGCAUCAAGAAAAGUUUGAGAAGUCUCGGAGGUCAUCUGGCAAACCCAUUAGAACAGCCUUGAUGUCAGCAGACAAUAAGGCAUUGGGAACGUCUCCUGUUCUGCAGAAGUCUGCAAGGCAUUCUUUGCAGCAAAUGAGUGGAAACGAUGAGGCAGCUUCAUCGAAACACGCCAGCUUACCUUCUCUUUUGACAGACCUCCUGCAGUAUUUAGACAAGUCAAAUCCGCCAGAGGAUGUAGAGACAUGGCUCAACCAGCUCGAAGAACAAGUGCCCAGUGUGAUGGAUUACCCAGACUACUGGAUGUGUCGCUGUGUCUGCUAUGAAAAGUCCGGGGACUCAGCCAAAGCUGUAAGGUCGCUCACAGUGGGACUGGACUUUGUCACUACGGGACGCAAUGAAUUGGCUGAUACCUUGGAUGGUCUUAUGAAGAAUGCACCUGGAAAAGCACCUAAAGUGACGCACAACCCGCCCGCAAGAAAGCGAGAGCGUAAGCAGAGCACAGGCGCACGCAAGAAGCAGAAUCUCGAGCAGGUGUCAACAGAAAACAUGUUUGCAUCAACAAUCAUUGACUACAAGGUGUAUGAAAAACCUUGCCUAAAUCAGCUGUCAGCAGCACUCCGUGGCAAACAAUGUCCGAGCGUUGCAGUGAUGACUCCUGUGAGGAGGUCCUCCCGACAUUCAAAGCGCCAUUCCAGUCUUGUGUCACCACCACAGACCUUGCUGUACAAACCAAACUUUGCACUGGGUGAUGAACGUUGAAGAGCCUGCUGCACUGACACUCCAAAAGCAUGGUUCCCCCCCCCCCCCCCCCACCCAGCCAUCUCAUUUAAUAAAGAGCGUUUAUACCAUCUA